UUUCGUUUUCGAAACGGGGGCCGUAUAUGGUUCUGUUGGGCAGUCGGUAAGAAAUUACAGGUGAAUUAUUUAAUUUAUCAAAGAGGUUUUAUUUUCUACAAAUGGCUAAAAACCAGUUCACCCUGUUACAAACUGGGAAGUUGUGUCCCUUCAAAAGUAAUGAAUGGGAGGAAUAUAAGAAGAAGUGGAAUUGUCCAGAUCCGGAGUUUUAUCACUGUAUCCCUGACCAGUACAACCAGCCAGGGGAGAUCUGUAUCAAACCAAACUGGGCCUCAAAAAAUUACUGUCCCAUUUUCAACACGGCAGCCAGUGACAUUGACCUCAUACCCUGUGACCUUCAGUAUGGAGCAUGCUCAGACACGGAUUACAGAUCUAAUAAGGUCUAUCUGUAUCCAGGAUGUUUAAACAAAUCGUCAGUCAUUGAAAGGACUAGUACUUUACCAGAAGGUCCACAGUUAAAAUCAGAUUCGUUACCUGUUAUAAUGAUACCUGUAGUAGUUGCUAUUGUACUUCUACUGGUUUGUGCUGUCAUCUGUUUCCUGUGGAGAAGAAAGGGCUGUGGAAGAAGCGCAUCUCAAAAGGAUGAAGAAAUACCAAUGUUAAACAAAAGUGAAAUCGGAUAUGAAUUUUACAGACUUGUAAAGUAUCUUGAAGCAGGUCUGUUUGUUGAUACAGAGGCAUAUAAGGAGGCAGUUGGUAAACUGGAGAUACAUGGAUGUAUGACACUCAUAGGCCCCCCAGGAUCUGGUAAAACUAUGACUGCCAUUAAACUUGCAAUAAGAAAGCAUAGACAGAAAGAGUCUUCAGGAAAAAUUGUUACUUUUCAUUUUUGCAAAUGUUUGAAUGAUGUGCACUCAUUGGAAAUUGAAUCAGAAAAGCCUUAUGUUAUAUUAGAUGAUUUUUUGGAACAGUAUAGAUACUAUCCAUCAAAACUAUCAGAGGAUAAGAAAGAGUUUGAUGAAAUCUUUAAUAAAUUCAUAAAGCCAGGUUUAGUCCGUAUAAUAUUUACUGUUCAAAAACAAACAUGGGUGAAGUUUCUCAUGAAAGAUUUACAUCCAGAACUGUUUGGCAGUAAUGUAUUGGUGGAUUUAAUGGAGAAGGACCUCACACCAAAAGAAAUGAAAAGAAAAAAAGAGCGUAUGUUGAGAGGUCAUCUAGGAAUCAGUCAUGUUAGUAUAACAGUAAAAAAGAGUGAGGAGAACCUGAACCCAAGCAAUGCAACAAUUAUUUGUGAAAACACAAUCAGGAAAAUUGCAUCUGGUCUAAAAGCAGAUCCAGCUUUUUCAGUGCCUGUUGUUAUUGACUUGAUGUGUGCCAAUAGAUAUUUCUUAAAAAAUCAUAGUCAUAUAAUAUCUGAUACAUUUAAAACAACCUUGAAAAUACAUGUGAAAAAAUGGAUGGAAUCUAACGAAGAAGAAGACAAGAAAAGCUUUUGCAUUGUUCUUUUUGCUGCUUUAUGUGGUGGGAGGAUAUCCUUAGAUGAUUUCUAUAGCCAUACCAAAGGAAAGAUAUAUACAAAUGUGUGCAAGAAGUUCAGUAUGCAAAAAAUAAUGAAAAACCAAAUUGAAACCAUGAUGAAAGAGAAUGUUCGUAUAUCUGGAUUUCUUUAUCAAGUGGAGAAUUCAGAUAUGUACAUGCUUUACCAUGACUCCCUUCUUGAUAGCUUUUUGGUAUACGCUUGUGAAGAUGAAGAUUUUUUCAUUGAAAAUGUGAACAUUGAGUAUCUUAUAAAGCGCUGUAAGCUGUCAACUGAGUUGACAAUAAAAUACAUUGCGGAAAAAACAGGACUAUUGGAUGCUUAUCCAGGAAAUGCUUUUGAACUGAAAAAAUAUGAAUUGGUAGUUGAAAGAAUUCAUGAAGAAAUGAAAUGUGGGUACUCAUUGCCUUACUGGGAAAAGCACAUUUAUAUGACACAUAGUAUUUUUAGAGGUAGAUGGAAUGCUAAAGUUUCAAACCCUAAAUGUGCCAUUUCAGAGACGAAGAAAGGUGAUACUCACUCAGACGUGCAGCAGAAGUGUACCACAUAUUCAAGUAUAAAUCUAGACACUGAAGGUGUGAAACAUGCGGAAUAUUGGUUGAAACCUGAAAAUGACGAUCAAGUGUUAACUUAAAGUGAAUAAUAAAUGAGGAUGAAUUGGCGGGAUUUACAUAUUACUAAUCGGCCCAAACAAACAUUUAAGAGGAAGUCUUGAUUUUUAUCCAUCUGCAGGACCCUGUUACAUUAAAGGCAUAUAACAAAAUUCCGAUCCGAGAAAUUCUAAUCACUGAUGCUGAAACUCCAUUAGGCUAGUAAUCUAAGAACAAAGUAAAUUUCGAUAGAAAUACGCAUAAAAGAGACCAAUAAGUAAAAGCUCUAAAAUGCUUACAAGUGUACCCUGGUGACUAUAAAGACGAAUGUUUUUAUAAAAACUGUAUUUAAAAAAAUAUGCUAUUUAUCCAUGAUUCACUAGUAAUUUACAGUAGGAAUUAUAUUACGAAACUCUAUCUGCAUGUAUUUAACGACUAUAUUUGGGAUAUGUCAGAAAUUACGUGUAUUGGGCUAAAAUGGGUUAUGCUUCAAAAGGUUAAUCAUCUAUUGUCGAUUUUUUUUAAAGGCGUUGAAAGUGGCAUAGAUAUAUUAAUUCUUUAAAUCAGAAAGAUUUUUAACUCUAUAUUAUAUUUUUGCUUUUUUGCAAACUUAUGACAUGGUGUAUUUUUUAUGUAGGGGUACAUGUACUACUAUGUAGGGGUAAAUAAUUUUCGAAAACGGAGAAUUGAUAACUUCUGUUUUGUUAUGUUUUUAAAUUUUUUUUUUCAAUAUUAAAGCGACUGUAAGGCUGCAAAACGUGUGUUUUUCAGUCAAAUUUACCCAAUAUACAUGUAUCAUUAAGAAAUAAGGUAUAAAAUUGAUGUCAACAGUUUGAGAAACUUGAAUAUUCUCUCCUCAAACAAAAUUAACGUAAUUAGAAUCUGCCGGAAAUCAAAGGGUCGUACAAACC